AGCGUGCCUGCAUAAUGGAGAGUGCUAAUGGUUUUAAGGGGUUUGCCUUUUUCGUACUCUUUGACGCAUCUAGCAGAUGUGAGUGCCAGUGAUGGAAGCUUAGGAAAACUUCCGUUGCAAUUAUGGCGUCGCUGCAUUGUCAGAAGUGUCGUACGCCACUCAAGAUCGAUUCUUCGCUUCAAGGCCUCAACCUAGCGUCCUUCAAGAUCUUGGCAGACGCCGCUCCCACUCUGGAACCCAAGGCACCGGAUGCUCCACGUUCGGCGGCCGCUAAGGAACGCCAACAACGAUAUGGACAAGCGUCGCAAUAUGAUGGACCACCCUUACACAAGCGUGAUGUUUCUAACACCUCCCGUAGCGGCAAAUCCAAUCCGGAUAUGUCGUACAUCGACGUUACGGACUCACUCAUGGCGCCUGAAGGCCCAUCAGAGCUGAUCCAGACGCCAACGAAGAAGCGCGGCACGGCCAAGUCCGAGGUUGCGAAUGGUGAGGACGGCACUGAAGCGUUGUCUCAACAAAUGUAUACGGUGACGCGGCUUUUCGAGAUCCUAUCUGCUCGUUCUGACAUCGAUCAUCCUGUCUGUUCGGAAUGCACUGACCUCUUGCUUGACGGGCUACAGAAGCGGCAAGCAAGCGUGCUUCGCGAGCGAGAUGCUUACGUCGAGUUCCUGAAGCAAGCACAACAGGACAUACCGACAAACGAAGAGAAAGUGCAGACCAAGCAGGCCCUCGAAGACACUCAACGACGCGAGCAGCAGGCUUUAGAAGACCUCGAAGCACUGGAAGCCGAAAAGGCUCGCAUGGAAGACGAGAUUGCCGCCCUCGACGCGGAAGCUGAGGAGCUUGACGAGGAAGAAGAGCGCUUCUGGCGCGAGCGUAAUGCUUUUACGGCCGAACUCCGCAGCUUUCAGGAGGAGCGCGACAGCUUGCAAAACCAACUAGCCCAAGACACUAAGCUCCUAGAAUCACUACAGCGGACGAAUGUUUACAACGACACUUUUUGCAUUGGGCACGACGGCGUCUUUGGCACGAUCAACGGCCUUCGUCUGGGUCGUCUCGCCGACCAUCCCGUUGAGUGGACGGAGAUAAAUGCCGCUCUAGGUCAGGCGAUACUUCUUCUCGAGGUGGUGUCCUCGAAGCUUGGCUUCAAUAUCAAAGGCUACAGGCUCCUUCCUUGCGGCUCGACUUCCAGACUGAUCCUCAUUGACCCCGACGCAGUGGCUACAGGUGCUGGUAAACAGAAAGGUACUGUUCAUGAACUUUACAGCAGUGGCAGCCUACCUUUCGGUUUAAGUGCGUUUCAUGGCGGUUUUGACAACGCAAUGGUGGCUUUCCUGGAGUGCGUAAGGCAGGUUGGCGAGUAUGUGGAACAUAGCACUGCCAAAUUACCGGAAGGGCAGCAUCAAGCCCGGAAAAUGCCGUAUGAGAUCCAGACAGGCAAAGAUAUGGGCAGAAUACAGGGUGUCAAGAUCUCGUUGAGUGGGGUAGGAAGGGAGGAUCAGUGGACCAAGGCCUGCAAAUUCAUGCUCACCUGUUGCAAGUUUCUGCUGGCCCAUGCGAGCCGUGUCGCGGGUUGAGCUGCACCACGCCAUGCCUGAAAACAUACUCCGCAAUUCUGUACCUCAGAGUCUGCGGCGUCGCGUCUUUCACGACUGAGGCUGAUGUAAGCCAUGGCCCCUCUCAUACAACAUGUCCAUCAGCAACCCGCUCUCCCGAUCCAGAUACUCCGCC